CGCAGUCACGUGGUUGAUAUUUGCCUGUCAAGGCAAGCUUUCUAACUCUGCUGACUAUGUGCACUUUGCGGCCGUUUCGAUGUGAAGAUAUGUUUUAUUUUAACAACGCGAAUACAGACAAACUGACAGAAACUUAUGGACCAGCCUUUUAUUUGCAGUAUUUGUCAUUGUGGCCGGAGUAUUUUCAAGUUGCAGAGGCACCAAAUGGAAAAAUUAUGGGCUACAUUAUGGGGAAAGCUGAAGGUUCUGUAUCUCAAAGACUUUGGCAUGGCCACGUGACGGCUGUGACAGUGGCUCCCGAGUAUCGUCGACUUGGUGUUGCAGCUAAGUUGAUGAAUUACCUCGAAGACAUUUCAGAGAAAAAGCAUUGUUUUUUUGUUGAUCUAUUUGUUCGAGUAUCAAACAAUGUUGCUGUGACCAUGUACGAGAAACUGGGAUACAUUGUGUAUAGGAGAGUUCUGGAGUACUAUUCUGGGACAAAGAGUGAAGAUGCUUAUGACAUGAGAAAGGCGUUGAGUCGAGAUGUAGAAAGAAAGUCUGUUAUUCCUUUGAAAGAGCCAAUAUCUCCUGACGAAUUGGAGUGGUAAACGAUGGUGCUGACAAGACCUUAUGCUAUCAACUUGACGUUUUGCGCCGCGACUGUGUAAUGGAUGGUCACUGUGUUCGUUUAUAGAUAGUUGCUUAUGUGCUGUUUGAAUGCUUUGUUUUAAUGGAUUAACACAUAUAGCUUCAUUGUAUAAGUUUAAUAUAUAAUAUUUUAUUUAUGUUAUAUUUUAUUGGAAA